AUGGAGGUGCUCAGGCUUACAGGCGGGAAGGGCGUCGAUGUGAUUUACGACCCGGUCGGGCUCAUCCGUUGCUUUCUCAAGUGCAUUGCGUUGAAGGGGUACGCGACUAUCAUGGGCUUCGCCGCGGGACAGAUUGAGAAGAGACCGAACAAGCUUCACGCGUUCCGGUGGGUUGGAGGGAACCACUCGAGUAAGUCUGGCAUUUGCAGCCUAGUGCUCUGGCGUCGGUCCUACAAAACACCCCCGCCGAACGCGACAAAUCUGUCACGGAGCUCAAGAGGACUCACCGAGGCCUCCAUUGAUGCGAAGGGCGGAAAUGUUGAACAGUAUCUCCGGAAGGUGGUCAGGGCGAUCGGCGAGCUUGACGAUAAGGAGAAGCAGCACCGAGAUGUUUUCACUGUUGCCGACCAGCACAAAUGCAUCUACGCUCAACCUGACUUUGAUGCCAAUGGUAUGGGGAACGUUAGGCUCCGUGCCUUCCAAUGUGAGUUCUCUCUAGCUGUUUCGAGUAUUGCUUUGAACACCGUCUUGAAUGGGUAUUCUCCCAGCAAUCUUUCAUCGUCCGCGACCCAUUCUGCCAUGUUACCUUGCCCUCCCCGCACGUCUCCUGCGCCCUCCAGCCCUACCGAGGAGGAGGGCGUUACCAUGGAACGUUCUCCGACCGAACUCUCCACAGAGGCGGUCACAGCCCUGUUGGAGGAUCUCGCCAAGCUCGUCGAGCAGAGGUUUUUGUGCCUGGGCGAGGACGAAGACGAACUUGGCCCGUGGUCGGUGGAGUCGAUUGCGCACACCCGUUUAUCGUCUACACAUAUGCAGGGCAUCAAGUCGGGGCGAUACGCAGUGGGAACGUGUGGCAGCGGGAUGUCAAAGAAGGUUCCUGGCGCCACGAGAUCCGAGGAAGGUCGCAAUCCCCGUGCGCUCGUGGUCGAGAACCUGCACUCUCAGAUCGAACGCUCUGCAUGA